UCUGACGUCAUGACGCUGGAGAGAGGAGGCGAUGAGGAGGAAGGUGCAAUAAACACACAGGGCGUCUGCGCCUAUCUAAGUAGGACAAUAAAGUGAAAACGGCAUCAAUGCUUUAACAAUGGAUUUGGCAGAUAUGCUUCUUCUUAAAGUUUUCCUCUUCGCGUGCUUGCUAAACUACACCCAAGGACACUACAGAAACCCCCUGAACAAGUACAUCCGUCACUAUGAAGGCCUGUCCUACGAAACGGAGCUUUUGCACAGCAACCAUGAGAGGGCCAAGAGGGCACUCACUCAUGAAGACAAGUUCCUUCACUUAGAUUUUCAUGCCCAUGGAAGGCAUUUUAAUUUACGAAUGAAGAGGGAUACCACCAUGUUUGCCCAAGAUUUGAAGGUGGAUGUUUCAGGAGAAGAGAUUCCAUAUGAUACCUCUCAUAUCUACACUGGAGAAAUCUAUGGGGAGAAAGGUACCCUGACUCAUGGCGCCAUUGUGGAUGGUAAGUUUGAGGGCUUCAUUCAGAGCUACCACGGUACCUACUACGUGGAGCCUGCUGAGAGAUACCUGGGGGCAAAAGACGUGCCCUUCCACUCAGUCAUCUAUCACGAAGACGACAUACACUACCCGCACAAGUACGGCCCAGAGGGAGGCUGUGCUGAUAGCUCAGUGUUUGAAAGGAUGAAGAAGUACCAAGCCUCUGCCGUAGAGAUGCCACCCAAGGAGCUCCACACUAUGGUGGAAUCUAAUGACCCCGUGCUGCUGAGGAAGAAGAGGAUGGCCCAGGUUGAGAAAAACACCUGCCAGCUUUUCAUUCAGACUGACCACCUCUUCUACAAGUACUACAAGACCAGAGAGGCUGUCAUUGCUCAGAUCUCCAGUCACGUCAAGGCCAUUGAUGCUAUCUAUCAGGGCACAGACUUCAUGGGCAUUCGCAACAUAAGCUUCAUGGUGAAAAGGAUCAGGAUAAACACCACCAGUGACGAGAGGGACAGGUCCAACCCGUUCCGCUUCGCCAACAUCGGGGUGGAGAAGUUCCUGGAGCUGAACUCGGAGCAGAACCAUGAUGACUACUGCUUGGCUUAUGUUUUCACCGACAGAGACUUUGAUGACGGGGUGUUGGGUUUGGCCUGGGUCGGAGCCCCUUCAGGGAGCUCCGGAGGCAUCUGUGAAAAAAGCAAGCUCUACUCGGACGGAAAAAAGAAGUCCCUCAACACUGGUAUAAUCACUGUACAGAACUAUGCCUCCCACGUACCUCCAAAAGUCUCCCAUAUCACUUUUGCACAUGAAGUAGGACACAACUUUGGCUCCCCGCAUGACUCUGGAUCUGAGUGCACCCCAGGAGAAUCCAAAAGUCAAGACAAGAAGGAGAAGGGCAAUUAUAUCAUGUAUGCAAGAGCUACUUCAGGAGACAAGCUCAACAACAAUAAGUUCUCCAUCUGUAGCGUGCGCAACAUCAGCCAGGUGCUGGAGAAAAAGAGAAGCAACUGUUUUGUCGAGUCUGGCCAGCCCAUCUGUGGAAACGGCCUGGUGGAGCCAGGAGAGGAGUGUGACUGUGGCUACAGUGAUCAGUGCAGGGACCAGUGCUGCUAUGACGCCAACCAGGCGGACAACAAGAAGUGCAAAUUAAAGCCCAACAAAGUCUGCAGUCCCAGCCAGGGUCCUUGUUGUACUGCUGAGUGCUCCUACAAGGGUCGUAACGAGAAGUGUCGAGAGGAGUCAGAGUGCGCUCACCAGGGCAUGUGUAAUGGAGUCACUCCCCAGUGCCCCACAUCUGAGCCCAAGGCCAACUUCACUGCCUGCCACGGAGAGACUCAAGUCUGCCUCAACGGGGGCUGCUCCGGCUCCAUCUGCGAGAAGUAUGGGCUUGAGGCGUGCACCUGUGCCAGCCAAGAUGGCAAAGACGAGACCGAGCUUUGCCACGUGUGCUGCAUGGAGAAGAUGAAUCCCAACACAUGCAGCAGCACAGGAUCUGAGCGCCUGGCUCGUUUCUUCAAUAAGAAGGUGACCACGCUGCCGGCCGGCUCGCCUUGUAACGACUUCAAGGGCUACUGUGACGUGUUCAUGAAGUGUCGUCUGGUGGAUGCAGACGGACCCCUGGCCAGGUUGAAGAAGGCCAUCUUCAACCCAGAGCUCUAUGAGAACAUUGCAGAGUGGAUUGUUGCCCAUUGGUGGGCAGUGUUAUUGAUGGGUAUCGCCCUCAUCAUGCUCAUGGCUGGCUUCAUUAAGAUCUGUAGUGUGCAUACACCGAGCAGUAACCCCAAACUACCCCCUCCCAAACCACUUCCAG